CCGGCGCCGACGCUGCCCGCGCCGCUGACCAACCACACGGGCAUCUGCGGCAGCGUGGACGCGCGCAACAACGUCACCGAACUCAAGCGCAAGCUGCAGGGCUGCCGCGUCAUCGAGGGCUUCCUGCACGUCGUGCUCAUGGACAACACCAACGAGACCAGCUUCCUCAACGUCAGCUUCCCCGAGCUCAGGGAGAUCACCAGCUACCUGCUGGUGCACCGCGUGAAGGGCCUGCAGUCGCUGGGCGCGCUGUUCCCCAACCUGGCGGUGAUCCGCGGCCAGGUGCUCUGGGUGGACCACGGCUACAUCCGCUACUCGCUCAUGAUCUACCAGUUGGAGGACCUGAAGGAGGUGGCGCUCGCCUCGCUGACCAGUGUGCUGCGGGGCGCCGUGCGCAUCGGCAAGGUGCCCCAGCUCUGCUACGCCCACACCGUCGACUGGGAGGCAAUCGUCGCAUCCAAGGAGAUCUACAUAGACGCUCCGGAGUGCGGGCCGGAGCGCGAGCCCUGCCCCGAGUCGAGCUGCAACUCGACGCGCUGCUGGGGCCCGCGGCUGUGCCAGCGCUCGGGCGACCCCCGCUGGUGCGACCAGAGCGGCGCCUGCAGGCGCUGCCACCCGCAGUGCCUCGGCGGCUGCGACGGCCCCGGCCCGGACGCCUGCUUCGCCUGCCGCGGGGUGCUGCACGACGGCCGCUGCGUCCCCUCCUGUCCCAGCACCGGGGAGCUGCGCUUCGAGUUCAUCGGGCGGCGCUGCGUGUCCGAGGAGCAGUGCCGGCGCGAGCCGCUGCCUCCAGGCGGCAACAAGGUGCCCGGCAUCACGUGGAUCCCGUUCCAGGGCCGCUGCCGCCUAGAGUGCCCGGAGGACCACCAGAUGGUGGGCGCGCCCAGCGGUUACGCCGUCUGCGUGCCCUGCCGCGGCCGCUGUCGCAAGGUGUGUGGGGACGGCCGCGAGAGCGUGGUGCGCACGCUGGCCGACAUGGACAAGUUCCGGCAGUGCACGCACGUCGACGGGUCGCUCACCUUCAUCCUGUCCGACGACGAGCACGACCUGUCCGAGGAGCUGCCCAGCCGCUUCGGGCUCAUCCAGGAGAUCAACGGACACCUCAAGGUGACGCGCUCGUUCGGCCUGCGGUCGCUGGACUUCCUGCGCAGCCUGCGGGUGAUCCACGGCGGCGACUCGGCGGACAAGCCGGCGCUGGUGGUGAUGAGCAACGACAACCUGCAGGCGCUGUGGGACUGGGACCGCAGGGGGCCCGACCCCGAGUUCAGCAUCCGCCGCGGCGGCCUGCUCUUCCACGACAACCCGCGGCUCUGCCUCGCCGAGAUAGAGCGGCUGCGAGACGUCGCCCAGAUGGACGACUUCACCGUCCACGACGUGUCCCCCGUGUCAAACGGCUACCUGGCGUCCUGCGGCCGGGUCUCGUUCGACGCGGAGGCCCGCCCACUCAACGAGACGGCGGCCGAGGUGCGCUGGGACAGGGGCGGCGUCACGGCGCGCCUGCCGGGAGUCAUCGGCUACGUGCUGCACUACAGCGCGGCCAGCGACGCCGGGGGCGCCGGGUCCGCGGCGCAGCAGAACACCGACGAGUGCCACACAGACGGCUGGAAGAUGGAGUUCGCCAUGCUGCCCCUGCGGGAGCGGCGCGCCGUGCUGUCGGGACUGCGGCCGCACACGCGCUACGAGUUCUACGUGCGCGCCUACUUCUCGGACAGCGUGCGCGACGGGAGUCGAAGCGCGGUCCGCCACUUCAGCACCCCCGCCGGGCGGCCGUCGGCGCCGAGGCGGCUGCGCGCCGUGGCGGCCCCAGGGCUGCCAACCGCCGAGGGCGUGGCCCUACGCUGGCAGCCGCCGCUCCACCCCAGGGGCGACAUCCUGGAGUACGUGGUGCGUGUGCGUGCGCUGCCGGAGGGCGACCUGUGGGGACGGGACUACUGUGUGAGGCCGCCGCAACCCAGCCUUGACGAUCACAACAUCGACGAUGGCGGCGACGAGACCACCACCGCUAUAGCUGCCUCGACAGCCACCGAGCCGACGCGGCGUGAGGAUGGUCGCCGCUGCUGCAGCUGCGAGACCCCGCGCCGGCGCUGCAGCCUGGACCUUUACUCGCGGUACUCGCAGAGCCGCCUGCUGGACUGGCACGGAGAACCCGACGACCUGGACGACCUGGACAGCCCGGCCGAGGCUGACGAGGCGAGCUGCCUGUCGGCGGGCUUCCACCGGCUGCUGCACGACGACCUGCUGCCGCGCGCCGCCGCCACGGCACUGGCGGACGUCGCUGCGGGCGACGUGGGCGCCCGAAUCGUGGAUACCGAUGCGGACGUGGGACCCGCCUCGGACGACACCGAGGCGGUGCGGGUGCCCGCGGGCAACUUCAGCGCGGAGCUGCGCGGCCUGUCCCACUACUCGCGCUACGUGGCCCGCGUGGAGGCGUGCAACGACGGCGGCCGCUGCAGUCCGGCUGCGCUCAUCACCUUCAGGACAGCAGCACGUAGGGAAGCGGAUGCCAUCGAGGAGGCCCACGUGGUGUCGGCCUCGUGGGAGGAGGUGCGUCUCCAGUGGCGCGGACCGGCAGCCCCCAAUGGGGCGCUACUGGCUUACAACGUGGAGUGGGGCCGGGGGGACCAGCGUGCUGGCCACCAGUGCCAGCCUGUGAGGGUCUCCGGCAACCAGUCCUCAGUGUGGGAGGAGUACACGCUGAAAGGCCUGCGACCAGGGGAGUACUGGGUGCGCGUCGCUUCCAUCACAUUGGCUGGCCUGGGCCACUACUGCGACCACAUUCCGUUUACAGUGCCACCCCCAGCGGCGGAUAAAUCCGGCAACGGUGCAGGUAUUGGUGGUGGGGGUUCAGGUGACGGAGGAGGGAACUACAGGGAGGACGGGCCUGGGGGCAGAGCAGGCGCUAGUGGCGGCUCGGACUCAGCGUCGAACACGACUCGCACUGCACUGACCGCAGUAGGGGUGGCGGCGGCGCUGCUGGCGGUGGGGGCUGGGGCCACACUGCUGCUGUGGUGGCGCUGCCUGGCCGCCAGGAGGGACGUGCUGCUCGCCACCGUCAACCCAGAGUACAUCAGCCUCGCCAAGUACGUGCCGGACGAGUGGGAGGUGUCGCGCGACAAGGUGACGCUGGUGCGCGAGCUGGCGACCGGCUCCUUCGGCAAGGUGUACGAGGGCGUGCUGAUGCCGUGCGGCGAGCGCUGCGCCGUCAAGACGGUGAGCGAGCGCGCCACGGCCCGCGAGCGGCUCGAGUUCCUGCACGAGGCGAACGUCAUGAAGAGGUUCACCGGCGCGCACCACGUGGUGCGCCUGCUGGGCGUGGUGUCGCGCGGCCAGCCGCCGCUUGUCCUCAUGGAGCUGAUGCACCGUGGAGACCUCAAGGGCUUCCUGAGGGCGGCGCGAGAGCCCGACGGAGAGGAGCGCGCUCUGCUGGGCGGACACUACCAGGAUGGCCUCCCCCUGGGCCGGGUGCAGAGGAUGGCAGCCGAGAUCGCGGACGGCAUGGCAUACCUGGAGGCCGUCAAGUUCGUGCAUAGGGACCUGGCGGCGCGCAACUGCAUGGUCGCGCAGGACCUCACUGUCAAGAUUGGAGACUUCGGGAUGACACGGGACGUGUACGAAAAUGACUACUACAGGAAGAGCAACAAGGGCCUGCUGCCUGUGCGCUGGAUGGCGCCGGAGAGCCUGCAUGACGGCGUGUUCAGCUCACUGUCUGACGUCUGGAGCUAUGGCGUAGUCCUCUGGGAGAUCUCAACGCUGGCUGAGCAGCCCUACCAGGGCCUGUCCAACGAGCAGGUGCUGUCGUACGUGCUGGGCGGCGGCCGGCUGCCGCGGCCCCCAGACGCCGCCCCCGCAGUGUGGGCGGUGUGCCAGGCCUGCUGGCAGACGUCGCCUGCGCUGAGGCCCACCUUCUUGCAGCUGGUGCGCUCGCUGGACUCAUUGGGUGGCGGUCUGGGCCCGGACUUUGCGGAGGUGUCCUUCUACCACAGCGAGGCUGCCGUGGCACUCGGGGAUGGGGCCGACACUGUGCGGAGGUCUCCACCGCCCACCGUGUACGGCUUCCUGCCGGCAGACCUCGACGAGACACUUUUCUGAUCACUGCUAGCUACGUGGCUCCCAUCUAUGUGACAAUACCAGCCUCAUCCCAUACCAGGGUACCCGUCUACUACAGCGACAUUGCCAGAACUGACAUCAUGCAAAGUUCUCUGAUGCUCUUCCAGCAGGGUAACCUGUAUGAGACGUUCUUCUGAUCACGUUUUGCUACAUAAUCUCCCGUCAUGUUGGUACCGUAGACCUCACCACCAUACCUUUACAAGUGUCCAUUUACACUGGAGGGGUCGCUUCAUUUUUUGACAGAUCCAACAGCACUGCUUCUACUCUGUAUGGCUACCUAUCAGAAAAACUUGACAGCCCACUUUUCUGACCACCUCUCGUCACGUCACAUCUCUGUGAUGGGUAGGCCUGACUGCAGACAUUCCAGGGGUAUCUAGCCGUCACAAAGAGACCACAACAUUCUAGGCAGAGUUGACACAACAUAAGAGUUUUUCCCACGGUUAUCUUCCAGGAGAUCUGGACAAGACAUUCUCCAAAUAAUCUCUUGUCCUUUCACCACAAUGAGGCUGCUGCAGGUCUCUCAGAUGGAACCAACAAAAAACAGAGGUCCCAGCACCCUCCGCAUAUGGCUACGUACAGAGAGACCUUGAUGAGACACACUCUGUUCACCCUUAACUACAUACCUCCUAUCUUUGUGAUGGCUCUGUGGCUCAGUGACCAGUGCGAGCCUUUCAGUUUGUCACCACUUCAGCACAUUGCAUGUCCAUAAAAUAUCCCAGCUGGGGUACAGGAAACCACAGUUUAACGCAGAUUCCCAACCACGUUGCGUUUCUGGUGAAUCCUCACGUCACUGACUAGUGAAGGCUAAAUAGAGACUGAAAAUCCGAAAUGUAACCAGGAUUAGAUCACUCGGUUUCACAGUUUCCAGGCAAAUGUUUUACCACUAGACCACCAUGUCUGACUAGUAGGAGGUGUAUAAAAGUAGGAUGACAUUAUUAUGGCCAUCUGCCAGUAUCGAAACUAAGUGCACGCUGCAGCAUGCACACUGGUUGAACUACCUGGCACUGACGCAGCCAGGAAAUGUUAGGUAUCUGUAGGUGUUUGGAGCCAUGCUGUUUACAUUGCUCCCACAGUUAUUCAAAGGUUUCUGGUAGAGGCGAUAUUCAUGCACAGAACAAGACAAUCAUACUAGUCAGUUCGUGCGAGCGAUGACCUAGGCGCAAUCUGUGCAUGGGUCUCCUACCACGACACUAGGAUACAAACUAUCAUAAACUUUAUUCCUCACUCUCAUUUUUCAGUUAUUUUCAUAAAGUACCGUGAGUAAUGCGCCUUCCAUUUUAGUAUUAUUUAACUUGUCUGUAUUAUUUUCUUGUGGUUUAUGUGAAAUACAACAUUAAUCAAAAUAUUUGUUGCUUUUAGAAGUGUACAUUUAUCAAUAAAUUACAAAAAAAUGCAUUUUGAGGUUCAAACAUUGGUGCUAGUACAUAUCCAGAAAUAUUUUUGUACUUAAGGAGCAUGCAUUCAUUUGCAAAAAGAUUUAUGUGCAAUUUUAUCUAACUGUAUUAUUUACAAAGAUCAUGUAUGUGAUAAUUGUGUAUUAUAAGUGUCAAUAUUUUUUAAGUACUGAAGACACAAAACCUAUAAAUUGAAUUAUUUUUUCUGUGUCAAACAAAGUAAAUCUUAUUUUUUACUCGCAAAUUAUUGGACUAGACGCACUAAGAAAUACUUGUCAUACUUGUAACUCAUAUCAUAAAAUAAUCAUUUGUUGUAGCUAUCAUAGAAUAGAUAAAUAUAUUUCUCUAUCUAUGUACCUGUUUUAAGAAGAGCUGUGUAAUAGCACAUAUAUAAAAGUGUUGAUUUGAGAGGAAAAGAUACUUUUCAGUUGAUGUCAGCAAUGACAAGAAACGCAAUUUGUCGAUCAUAGACAAUUUAUUCGACUAUUUCACGACUUUUUUUCUUCACACGAGCUAUAUUUCCUAUAGAAAAAUAGCAACAUUUCUAACUUGUCAAAUAGUCAUUCCGCAUCAUGUAAAACAUUAUAUGUUACAAAUUUACGUUUAUUGUCUCAUAGGAGAGCAAACAUGUGUGAUAUAACUAAUGUGAUAACGUACCUGUAACGGCUGUGAAAAUGCGAGUGUAACCUGCAAAUCAAGUCAAUAAUUUGAAUGAGUAAAAUAAAUAAAU